AAUUACAAGUGUAUAAUAUAGUAUAGUAUACCCAGUUUAUUAUUUUAACUAAUUUUCUAUCCCAAAUGUUUUCGAAAAAUGAAGAGGAUGAAGCUAUAUCCAAUUUUAGAAAAUAUUUACAGAUACCUACCGUCCACCCCAAUGUCGAUUACAGUGAAUGUGUCAAAUUUCUACAGUAUCAAGCUGAAAGUUUAGGACUACCAUCAAAAAUUCACUAUAUGGCACCAAAAAAACCGGUGGUUAUUAUUACGCUACAAGGAAAAAAACCUGAGUUACAAUCUCUGUUGCUCACAUCGCAUAUGGACGUCGUACCAGUUUAUCCAGAAAAAUGGACAUAUGAUCCAUUUUUGGCUUACAAAGAUGCACAAGGAAACAUAUACGCUAGAGGAGCACAAGAUAUGAAAUGUGUCGGUAUACAAUAUUUAGAAACAAUAAGAAGAUACAAAAAUAAUAAUUUAAUUCUUGAUAGGACCAUUCACGUUUCUUUCAUGCCUGAUGAAGAAAUCGGAGGAAUUUUAGGUAUGGCCCAUUUCGUUAAGACCGAUGAAUUCCGUUCUUUGAAUAUUGGAUUUACAUUAGAUGAAGGUUUGGCAACUAUAGACGAUGUUAUUCCUUUGUAUUACGGCGAAAGAACAAUUUGGCAAUUCUACAUUCGAAGCACCGGAACACCGGGUCACUCAUCACUACUUCAUGAUAAUACUGCAGCUGAAAAAUUGAUAUUCGUGGUAAAUAAAAUAUUGGACUGGAGAACGGAAGAAAAGUUAAAAUUGUCCCAAGGAAUGGAUAUCGGAGAAGUUACAUCUGUGAAUAUGACAAUGUUGGAUGGUGGAUGUCAACUAAAUGUUGUACCGCCAGAGCUGUCUGCUGGUUUCGAUGUUCGAUUGGAUAUAGGCACAGAUCGCCGUGCUAUGGAGGAUAUCAUAACUGGGUGGUGCCAUGAAGCUGGCGAAGGUAUACGAAUGGAAGUUUUCAAAACAAAUGAACAGACUACACCGACUAAGCUAGAUGAUUCAAACCCUUGGUGGUUAAAAUUUAAAAGUGAAUGCGAUAAAAUGAACUUGAAACUAAAACCAUCUAUUUGUCCUGGGGCCGGCGAUAGCAGAUACAUCAGACUAAUUGGUAUUCCCGCACUUGGAUUCUCUCCAAUGAUGUACACGCCUGUGCUUUUACAUGACCACGAUGAAUAUUUGAAUGAAAAUACGUUUUUGAACGGAAUUAAUAUUUAUUAUAAUAUAAUUAUAGGUUUAGCAACAGCAUAAAAUGCGUUAUUCAUUAUACAUAGAUAAAGAGUAAAAAUACUCGAUUAUUGAAUAUUUGAAUUUUGAAAAAGAUAUAGGUAAUCUAUAAUUAUUAUUAUUUAAAAAAAAUUUUCUUAAUAAAAAGAAUACUAUUUUUAUAAUCUACUCUUCGAAUCAUUAAAACUUGGUAUAAGUACUUAUAAAAUUACACUUUUAGGUAUUGUAUUCUCAAAUCUCUAAAUAGAUGACUGCCUAUAUGUAUCAGAUGAUCCAUUUAAUGUAAAACAAUCGUAAUUAAAAAAAAACAUUAGUUUUAAAAUAUUUAUUUUACAUAAUUUUAAGUCAUUAAGAAAGCAAAUUUUUUCUAAAAAAAAUAUAUUUAUUGCUAUUUUGUAUAAUUAUAUAAUAUUUAAAUACAUUUUGUA